GGUGCGAGCAGUCUCAGCCGGAGUGAGAGACCUGGCUUCUGAAGGGGUGAGAGGGAUUCGGGUGCUGAGAGCAAGGGACGGGUCGAGGGCCUAGGAGGGCGGAGAGCGAGGACCAUGGCCAACACUGAACGCACCUUCAUUGCCAUCAAGCCUGACGGGGUCCAGCGGGGGCUCGUGGGAGAGAUCAUCAAGCGUUUUGAACAGAAGGGAUUCCGCCUUGUUGGCCUGAAAUUCAUGCAGGCUUCAGAGGACCUUCUCAAGGAGCACUACAUCGACCUGAAGGACCGUCCCUUCUUUACUGGCCUCGUGAAAUACAUGCACUCAGGACCAGUGGUUGCUAUGGUCUGGGAGGGGCUGAAUGUGGUGAAGACAGGCCGGGUAAUGCUGGGAGAGACCAACCCUGCAGACUCUAAACCCGGAACCAUUCGAGGAGACUUUUGCAUCCAAGUUGGCAGGAACAUCAUUCAUGGCAGCGAUUCUGUGGAGAGUGCAGAGAAGGAGAUCAGCUUGUGGUUUCAGCCUGAGGAGCUGGUGGAUUACAAGAGCUGUGCACAAAACUGGAUCUAUGAGUGACAGGAGGGCACCUGCCCUUCUCCUCUACUUACCCUGUUCUCACAGGCAAGGGACCAGCAACUAAGUAUUUCUGGAACUUCCUUUGUCCUGGAAGGAACCUGGGAGCUGUGACUCCCUGUGCAGUGUUACGAGCCAUUGGUAGAUUAAAGUGUUUCAUCU